AUGGCGAGCUUACAGGACCUGUACACCGUCGCGCGGAAGCUGACCAUGGAGAUGCGAGGCGGUCUGGAACAACUCGAGGGUGCCGAAGCGAGAGGGGUCAUACAGUCGUCGACGAGCCUGUCGCGCGACAUGCACAACAAGCUCCGUGAUUUGCAAAAAGUCACGCAGCAGAUAGAGAGCGGGUGGAGAAUAUUAGUCGUCCAAGAGAACGGCGCGAAGAGGGACAUCUGGAAGCGCAAGGUCGAGCAAGUCGUGGAAGAUUGCGACCAGUUCAGGAUAUCGUUAGAGCGCUUCAAGUCGCGAGAGAGUCGGAGAAACGCGGAGGAGCAACAACGGGAGGAGCUCAUGCAGAGGGUCACAUCGGACGACGAAUUCCGGCUCCUGGUGAACCAGUACGACGCCGAGGCGGGGGCGAGGAUGUCCUUGCAACGGAGCGGCGGCAUGAUCGACGAACUGUUAGCGCACGGCUCGAGCGUGCUGGGCGCGAUCGGGGACCAAAAAGAACGCUUAAAAGGCGCGCAGCACAAGAUGCUGGACCUUUUGAACACGAUAGGUGUCUCCGCGUCGCUGCUUAGAGUGGCGGACAGGAGGCAAAGGCAAGACGCGAUGCUCGUGUACGGCGGGAUGUUAGUCACGUGCGUGACUUUGCUCGUGUUGUGGUGGUGGUUGGGAUGA